AUGGCCUUUGUGACCAGUGGAGAGUUGGUUCGGCAUCGCCGCUACAAACACACCCACGAGAAACCAUUCAAAUGCUCAAUGUGUGAUUAUGCUAGUGUGGAGGUUGCCAAACUGAAAUGCCACAUUCGUUCUCACACUGGAGAGCGUCCGUUCCAGUGCAGCUUGUGCAGCUAUGCCAGCAGGGAUACUUACACGCUGAAGGGGCACAUGAGGACCCACUCUGGAGAGAAGCCAUAUGAAUGUUACAUCUGCCAUGCUCGCUUCGCUCGGAGUGGUACCAUGAAGAUGCACAUUUUACAGAAACAUAUGGAGAAUGUGGCCAAAUUUCACUGUCCUCACUGUGAUACUGUUAUAGCAAGAAAGAGGGACUUGGGUGUCCAUUUGCGAAAGCAGCAUUCCUACAUUGAGCAGGGCAAGAAGUGUCGAUACUGUGAUGCUGUGUUUCAUGAGCGAUAUGCCCUCAAACAGCAUCAAAAGUCUCACAAGAAUGAGAAGCGCUUCAAGUGUGACCAGUGUGAUUAUGCAUGCAGGCAGGAGUGGCACAUGAUCAUGCAUAAAUGGACCCAUACUGGAGAAAAGCCUUAUGCCUGUAGCCAUUGUGAUAAAACCUUCCGUCAAAAACAGCACCUUGAUAAGCACUUCAAACGAUACCAUGAUCCCAACUUUGUCCCUGCUGCAUUUGUCUGUUCCAAGUGUGGUAAAACUUUCACUCGCAGGAACACAAUGGCCAGACAUGCUGAUAAUUGUUCUGGCCCAGAUGAUGGGGAAGGAGAGAAUGGAGGAGAGACAAAGAAGGGCAAACGUGGCAGAAAGAGAAAAAUGCGCUCUAAGAAAGAAGAUUCCUCUGACAAGGAAAGUGCUGAACCAGAUUUGGACGAUAAUGAAGAUGAAGAGGAGACAGCAGUAGAAAUUGAGGCUGAACCAGAAGUUGAGCAAGAGGCUCCUGCACCACCUCCUAGUAAGAAACUAAGAGGAAGACCACCAGGCAAAGCUGCCACCCAACCAAAACAAUCCCAGCCUGCAGCAAUCAUUCAGGUUGAAGACCAGAACACUGGUGAAAUUGAAAAUACUAUAGUUGAAGUAAAGAAAGAACCUGAUGCAGAAACAGUAGAGGAAGAAGAAGAAGCUUAA